AUGACUACCUCGACCAUCCCCGGGCUUCAGAAUGGACCUUCAGUUACGCGAACUGUCCCGUCCCCCGCUCUCGCUGGCCAGGGCCACGUCGUCUUCGCCGAGAGCGGUGGGGCAGCACCGCCACGAACAUCGACCUCGACCUCGGGGGGCGAGCGCGAACAAGAAGUUGCCCAGUCCGCAGCAACAGCAGCACAAUGGCUGCAAGCAUCCACUUCACAGUUAUCUGAUCAAGCACACGUAGUCGCUUCGGCUUCGAGAACAGCGCCCCAGGACGCUCCCGAUGGCCUUCCUACGUACGCCCAAGUCGAAAAGGCCGAACCGAGUAAUCCGAGAUUCGGGCGCUGGGCUGGAUGGUUAGUUCCAGAUAUUACGGAAACAGCCAGCUUUUGGGUGAUCCAUGCUCAUUAUCAAAGUGCUCGAGGGCUGGCAGGAUCGAGAAACGAACGAGGGAGCGAAGUCAGGAUCGGAUGCUCAACACCCAGAAGAGUUGGGGAUCCCAGAUCGGAAAUGCCGACGAGUCGCACCGGGAUCAUACCCUCGAUCCAAGUCGUGAUACCGCUACGAGAGGUAGCAUAGAUCAUUCGACCAUGCGACGCAAUCCGACUCAACUACCCGUACGAGCGCAAAACAGGCACUCGUGGGCACCUACCACCCCCUCCGCACCGUUUGGCGGCGUGGCGAAUCCGAUACGUUCGGUCUCGCUCGGCGGUGCACCGGCGCAUCCCUUGACCCCGUCCUCGGCCAUCCAGUCACUGGGAUCUCGUUUCACUCAACAGUUUGGAGAACCUCCAACGUGUUCCGUGUCAUUGCGCAACAUCGUCGUCGCUGCUUCGGGAGCUCGGGCGACCGAUGAGUGUGCGAGGCUCCUAUUGGUGGGUACGACGUCGGGACUUUGGCUCGUCGAUCUUGCUUCGCCGCGCAACGAAGGGCAGAUGGAAGUUUUUCCUCUCUGGGAUGGUAUGGGGAUCGUCCAAAUGGAGCUGUUUGAUCCGAAUGUUCAGCAAGAGUCGGGGGUGCUUUUGGCGCUUGUCAGGAGACCGACGGGUGGGGAGCUCGAGUUGAGGAUGUGGAGUCUUCCGAAUUUGAUCAACCUUGUUCGAUGGAGGCUCACGAAUACAGUGAGCCCCAAUAUUAAAGGGCUGCCUGUUGGAAAUGUUUGAGCUCAUGCAUUUUCUUGCUCCUCGUUGCACCCAGGCUUCGACCAAACUUUCUCUGGUCGCACCGACCGUCUCGUCUCCGACCCAAUCAACCUACAACGAGAAGCGUCGAUCACGCAUAGUCUUCAAAGACCUUUUCUUGAACAAGAAUGCCGGAUCCGAUCGCAAUGGAGCGAGCGAGGCCGGCUCCACGAACGUUGCUGCGACUACCCGAGCGCCAGAUGACGACUUCUCGUCCACCGGCUCACGACCGAAUGCUCCCCCGCCGCUCGACACGUCUUCUUUCCAGUCACAGCUCCUCGCUUUACCACUCGAAUGGGCAAAUGCGUCUCUGGUAUUGCCGAUCCCCAAAAGUGGGGGCAACAUAUCUUUUUUCAAGCUGUGCCAGGUCCCGGUCUCGACCGCGUCGUCCUCGUCGCCUUCGCGCAAACCUCGCAUCUGCUUGUACCUCAUCAUUGCUACUUCGAAAACCAUCUUCAUCCUCAAUUCAGCUCCUCCUUCCUCUUCGAGCGGUUCGAGUCGCAAGUGGACCGCUUGCAGGGAGUUUUAUGCUCCAGCGGCUCCUCGCUUCGUCGACCUCGUCAAGACAACCUCCCUCCUCCCAUCGUUCAGAGCGGGCUUUCCCACCGGGACUUCGCCACCUAGAUCUCCUCGGAUGGUCGAAGAUGACCUCUCUCUCCUCCUCGGAAUGUCUUCCAAUGUCGUUCUCAUUCGACUUGUCGACUCAUCCGUCCACGAAAUCACCAUCCCGAUCAUUCGAACCCGAAUGCGCAGCCGUCGAUCCUCUUCCAGCGUCUCGUAUGAUUCCUUGGGACCAGCUUCGUCGACGCUCAAAAUGGGUAGAUCGGUUUCGUUGCAGAGGAAAGCACGCGCGGGAGUUGAGAGAGCGGCUUCGAUGUUGCUGAGUUAUGGGAAGACGCUCGAGGCGAUUCCGGCGGGGUUGUCGAGGGACGAGGCGAGGACUUUGGCCACUGGGGUGAAAGUUGAUAAGGUGGGAGCAGCACGAUGUGGGGAGGGGAUGGGGAUGGGGGGUGGGGACGCGGGUUGGGUGGGGUAUACUCCUGUAGAAGGGGAAAAUCGUGGAGAGCCGGCACACCUCUUCACAGAAGGUAGAGUGACGUACCUCGUUACUGCCCGCAAAAGCUCCGGAUCGGCGCUGUCGAGUCCUCGAUCCGAUCUUGCUCCUGUGCCGGCAAUGGUUCAAGCCGGCGGCGAGGCGAGUUGUACGACCAUGAACGUGCUUCAUACUUUCGUAUGGCCCCAAAUCGUUAGGCACGUCACCAUUUCGUACGUCCCUGGUCCGACUUCAAGGACAACACACCUCGUCCUGCUCGGUUUUUCAGCAACUGGCGUGCACGCACAAGAGGGGCACCUCUGCCUACCCAGACUCGCGCAUUAUUCCUCGGAUGGAGACUUUUCCCGUCCCGUUUGGACGCCCGUCAGCAGUGCUGCGGACAUCCUGGGUACGGAAUGCGAAGUUGAAGCUGAAGCGACGCUCGAUUUCGGAAGGGACGUCAUCUACCUUGGAUCUCGGCGAAGCGCGGCUGCCCCGAACAGUAGGGUGGAUGUUCAGCCCAGUGGAGAAGGUGGUUCAUGGUUCGCUAAUUCGUCGAUCCGCUCCAGAAAUGUUGGUGGGACGAAGUUGAGGAUAGCCUGCUCGGAGGCAGAGAAGGCGGGGUUUUUGUUUGCUGUUCAGGGGGUCGGCGAUUGGAGUUUGAAGGUCGUCGAGUGA